GCGUAAAAAUAAACGUUGUUUAAAAUCUAUUUUUUUUUCGAAAUUUUUGGAAAGUCAAAAAUCCCAAACCUGUCAAUAUGGACAGCUCUGAGUCGCUCCAACAAAAAAAAGUUUCCUGUUUGCCCCAACGCUACGUCACGGCUCUCAUGCUCUUUAUUGGAGUUUACUCCUCUUAUAUCAUCCUUAUAAUGCCCGUGAAGGUGCUACCGCACAUUGCGGUACCACUUACAACUGGUCCCAGCGCCAGUUCGGCCUGUAACCGAACCACCAACUGGACGUUUGUCCCAAUCUCCAAGACGUUGUACUCCUGGGACCUAAAAGCCAUUAAACUAACCAGAGGCUCGUUCUUCAUCGGCUACAUGCUGUUCUUGAUCCCCGCGGGCGUUAUUUCGGACAAAUACGGUGGCAAAACCAUCCUAAGUGUCAGUACCUUGGCGGCAGCCAUCAAUUCGAUUGUAACUCCAAGUUUGAUCAAAAUCUCGAACGGGAACUACAUUUUGGUGGCGGUUCUGCGUAUAAUCGCUGGACUAGCCAGCGCGUCCUUGUUCCCCAGCAUCAACUCCAUCAUGAGUUAUUGGGUACCACUGUGUGACAGAGGCAAGUUGUCUGCAGUGGUAUACAGUGGCACUGUUUUCGCAUCUCUUGUAAACAACGUGGCCACACACCGGAUCGUCUACACCACGCGCAGUUGGGCGGCUGUUUACUACAUCUACGGGUCAAUUGCCCUCGUCUGGGCGGUUUUUUUCCACUUGUUGUGCUCCUCACACCCUUGGAACAACCGAUUUGUCACUCAGGACGAGUUGGGUUUUCUGGAACGAAACCUAGGCUCGAGUGUCACUCUUGGGGCUAAGCCCAUACCUUGGAAAUCUAUUAUGCAAAGUGGCCCAGUCUGGGCGCUGAUUUUCGCCCAUGUGGCGCACAUCUGGAUAUGGUUUGUCAUGGUGGUCAACAUCCCUGAGUACCUCAACCAGGUGAUCAGGCUUGAUUUUGCCGAAAGCGCCUCCCUGCUCAUCUACGCUUACCUGACCAUGGCAGUACUGGUUGUUUUUUUUGGGUUCUUGGUCGAUUAUUUGAUCAAAAAAGAAGUGGUUUCGUUGAUUAAUCUCAGGAUAAUUUUUUCGACUUUUGGUUUGGUGGGACCUGGCAUUUUUACACUGAGUGCUGCGUAUUCUGGUUGUAAUAAAACCACAGUUAGUGUUACCGUUGGUUCGGCUUUGGCAACAAUGAGCUGUUACUAUGCUGGUACUUGGGCCAACAGUCUCGAAAUCGCACCGAAUUAUAGCGGCGUUAUUAUGGGAUUUGCCAAUGUUGUGGCGUCCCUUUCUUGGGUUAUUUUACCGGAAGUUAUGGAAAAUCACAUGAGACAUGACACAUUAGAAGAAUGGAAAGGUGUGUUUUGGCUGCACUUGAUUGUUAUUUUCGUAGCCAACAUACUUUUCAUAGCUUUAGUUUCGACCGAUGAACAGGACUGGAAUAGUACCGAAGUUGACCCAAGCCCCUCUAGUAGUUUUAUAGUUCCCCAAUAA